GGUCAGAAGGGAGCACGAGCCGCUGCCGUCCACAUCUGGAGACGCUUUCUCUCCUCAACUAACUUAAGUUAACUUCCAAUAAGCUCUGCACAGGAAUAGGACUCGUUUGUGAAGUAGCUUUUUUUUGUGCUUCAAGGUAUAUUUGGCUACCCUUAAUAGUAAGUAGUGAUUCUUAAAUCUAAUCUGGCCGUAUUCCGGACUCCCUGCGUUAGCUUCAGCAGUAUGAAUAAACAGUGAGUGUGACUCGGAGGGUUCAUAGCCUACGUUGUGUAGCGAAGUGUAAACUUUGUUGUUGUCCUGCCAAAAGCUGUUUAAUACGCUAACUUCACGAUGCUCUGAGAUACCACAAAGCGAGCCGUGGGCAAAGUAAAUGUCUUGAGUUGACCAGGACGAACUGAGAGUGCCAUAGUCCCAACGUUUCUGAUUCAUUCAGGUUUCUACUAGAACAACGUGUUAUGUGUUCUCCACAUUUCCACUUCUUAUUUGUUACUAUCUGCAGCAUAUGAGACUCUGUUCAACAACUUGCUGCUAAAUAGUCCAUCCCAUCGCUGAUGGGGACAUGAACCGUAUGGACUCCUGUCUCCGAUCCGUGAUGGAGUGAUGGCGUUUUAUUUCCCAGCAUUGACACAACAUUUGGACAAAAAAAAGUCAUUUCGGAGCUAAAGGCUGGGAUAUGGCACACAACGAGGCUCCAUACUGAAGUGUUUAAGUUAGACCGAGGGGAAAUUUAAAAGCCCUAAAAAUACAGCGCUGUUUUUUCCCCCUACAAAGAAUCAUUUGAACUUCCCACCGCAGACCGAGAGCGACAUAAAUAGUUCUGACAUGUGGAUGUAAUUUCAGAAGAAGAAAAAAAGAGACAGAUGCAGAGAAAUAGAGUGAGCACAAUCUGAGGGUAUAGAUUAGAGGGGGGAAAUUUGAGGGCCAAAGUAGAGAUUAUAGAGUUAUGAUUUCACAAGCCACUAUCGGCAUCAAGAGGCCAGAUGCAGGGGACAUGCCUCGUGCCAGUCUGAAGAUAGUUAAGUAGAUUCAUUCGUUUUGAUCUCGCCACCAUCGCCGUUUGUUUUGAGCCCUGAAUCGACUGUUGGAGUUCACAGUAGAGCCUCAAGUCAGGCAUGGGAUCCAAUCUCCUGCUCCACAAUUUGGACUUUCUGCUCAUCUCACUACUCGGCAGUAUAUGUCUGGUGUAUGCAGAUGACGUGCUCACCAAAGAUGAACAGAUAGGCCUCUUGUUCAAAGCCAAGCGUAUGUGCGAGGGAAACAUCAUUUCAAAGCAAAUCUUUCCAGAUGGCUUCUGCUCACCGGAGUGGGAUGGUAUUGUUUGCUGGCCUGAGGGGGCUCCAGGAGAGCUUGUUUCCACGGCAUGUCCAGAGUACAUCCAUGACUUCAACCACCAAGGACUAGCAUACCGUCGCUGUGACAACAAUGGGACAUGGGAGCUGGCCGCCACCAAUAACAAGACCUGGGCCAAUUAUAGUGAAUGUGCAAAAUUCUUCCCUCACUACAACCACAACCAUGAGAAGGAGGUCUUCCAUCGCUUGUACAUCAUCUACACCGUGGGCUACUCCAUCUCUCUGGGCUCCCUCAUGGUGGCUGUGGGAAUACUGGGAUAUUUCCGGCGCCUGCACUGCACCCGCAACUACAUCCACAUGCACCUGUUUGUGUCCUUCAUGCUGAGGGCCAUCAGCAUCUUCGUGAAGGACGUGGUGCUGUACUCGGGCUCCGCCAUGGAGGACAUGGAGAGGGUCACCGUGGAGGACCUCAAGUCCAUCACCGAGGCCCCGCCCGCAGACAAAACACAGUUUAUUGGAUGCAAGGUGGUGGUGACGGUGUUCCUCUACUUCCUGGCCACUAACUACUACUGGAUCCUGGUGGAGGGCCUGUACCUCCACAGCCUCAUCUUCAUGACCUUCUUCUCUGACAGGAAGUAUCUGUGGGGAUUCACUCUUAUUGGCUGGGGGGUGCCUGCCAUGUUUGUGACGGUGUGGGCGAGUGUAAGAGCCACCCUGGCCGACACAGAGUGCUGGGAUCUAAGUGCAGGCAACCUGACGGGGAUCUUUCAGAUUCCUAUCCUAACUGCCAUCGUGGUCAAUUUUGUUUUAUUCCUGAACAUAAUCAGAGUCUUGGCGACUAAACUGCGAGAGACGAAUGCAGGGAGAUGUGACACGCGCCAGCAGUACAGGAAAUUGUUAAAGUCCACCUUGGUUCUGAUGCCGUUGUUCGGUGUGCACUACAUUGUGUUCAUGGCCAUGCCGUACACUGACGUCUCUGGGAUUCCUUGGCAGAUCCAGAUGCACUAUGAGCUGCUGUUCAACUCCUUCCAGGGAUUCUUUGUUGCAAUCAUCUAUUGCUUCUGCAACGGGGAGGUGCAGGCCGAGAUCAAGAAGGCCUGGAACCGCCGCACCCUGGCGCUGGACUUCAAGAGGAAGGCCCGCAGCGGCAGCAACACGUACAGCUACGGGCCCAUGGUGUCGCACACCAGUGUCACCAACGUCACGGCCCGGGGGCCCCUGGCUCUGCACCUCACCACCAGGCUGGGCCCCGGGCCCGUCAACGGCCACCGGACCCUGCCGGGCUACGUGAAGAACGGCUCGGUGUCGGAGAACUCCCUGCCCUCCUCGGGCCAGGAGCUCCACGUCCCGGAGGAGGAGGCCGGCAGCGAGGCGCGGCCCUGUGAGGAGGAGGAGGAGAAGCCCGCUCCCCUGGUGGAGGAGGAGAGGGAGACGGUCAUGUGACCACCUGCUCCUCCUCCUCCUCCUCCUCCUCCUGCUCCUCCUCCUCCUCCUCCUGCUCCUCCUCAUCCUCCUCCUGCUCCUCCUCCUCCUCCUCCUGCUCCUCCUCCUCCUGCUCCUCCCCCUCCUCCUCCUCCUUCUUCUCCUCCGGUUGAGUUUCCAGUCACCGGUUGGUGAGAAAAAGACCUUCACAAAAAAGCCGAUCCAACCUGAACAAACAUUGGCCGGUCUUGUGUUCUCGGGGGUUUGGGGAGAGGAGGACUGCCACCUGGUCACUGCCAACUCCAUUUGCUUUCCAUAUUUGUCGUUAUUUGUCAUGGCGUCCUGUGAAAGAGAGCCAGGACAUUAUGGAUGACUAACCAAGCCCCAGACAAACGUGGGUAUCACUGUAUUCUGGGGACAGCAACAGCCCACUGUCUGUAUUGGCAUGGAAACCUUCCUCGCACCUGCCACGGCGAACGUGUGAAGACUCUACAAAAGCGCCGCUGAUCGCUUAUUACCUUUUCCAAUGCUUCACCGUUCAGACUUCACAGUUUGUUUGUUUUUCUUUUCAUCCUUUUUGGUUGACACAAGGAUUUAAUUCCCCUCACUUUGGCCGACCAAGUAGACGUGAGUCAACAAUUACUUGGCAGAAAGGCUUUUAAAUCCCAUUUGUACAUUAAAGUUGAUCUGGAGUCUGAGGACCGAUGGCGAAGGCGUUUUGUCCGUUUUGUUAUCAUGAGGGAGAGGAACUACAUUAACCGACGUCUAUACUCAGUUUAAGAUCCUUGGAAUGGAACGUCAUGCAAUGACCUAAACACAGGAUGUGCUUCUAUGUAAACACGAAGGUACUCAGGUUGUUAGAAUCCAUUUUGUGUUAGUUUUUUUUUGCACAGAAGUCUUGUGUUAGUCAGCAUUUCUUUGCUAAUUAUUGUCUUAUUUAAGGCCUUAAAUAAAAAACGUUUCCACAAAAAACAAGUCUGCAAAUUAUGUUUUUAUAUGGGGUUUCAUAGUAUUUAAGUAAUUAGUCGUUGUAUAUUUUCAAAGGUGUAAGUAUAUCAGUAUUUAACACCAACCUAGGAAUAUAUCGGUCACGGUCAGUGCCCUGCCAGGGCAACAGAACGGUUGUAUGUACGUACGUCUGAGAGCCAAUUUCUCUCAAUAUUUCCGUAGGGAACCAAAUAACUCAGAGCGGAGGAAAUUGAUUUAUUUUUCUCCUCCUCCUCAAUGGAAUGUUAAUCAAAUGUGGAUUCCAAAGAACUCUCAAAUACCUUUGGAAUUCCAAGACCUAUAUCUUAUGUGGCUAGGAAGGAAAGCAAGAAAUUAACUAGCAUGCCUGAAGUAUAUAUAUAGUACAGUGUUAUGCUGCUUGUAUUUUGUAAAUAUAAUGUAUACAUUUAAAUAGAAGUCACAAUGUUUACAAAGAUCUAAAAGCCGUAGUGUUUGUGAGCUAAAAGUGUUGUGUUUUAUAAAUCUGUUAUCAAGCUAAAUAAGUGUACAUAAGUUGAAGAAAAGUUUUUGGUGUUGCCGGAAUGUUCCAAACUGUACAUAAUCCACAAUACAAAAAUGUGUGAAUAUUUUUAGAGGAAAGGGGUAAUAAAACAUUUAGCUGAAUAUCUGCAAAAUAAUAGUUCUUUCCUCUCUUACUUAUCUGAAUUACAUUCAUGCCAGUACUGUACAGAUGGUAAUCAAUAAAAUGCCUUUGUAAUCCAAAACUCACUGCUUUCCAAAACAUUAGUACAAAGAUGUGUAGCCUUUGACACACUUGCUAUUUGAAUACUGUAUUUUUCCUUCCACCUUCCAUGCAUAUAAUGUUGUUUCUCCUAAUCUGUGUUUUUGUCUUGCAAUUAAUUGUUAGAUGGCCCAGUCUUAAAUUGUUAUGUUUUGUGUAUUUUUGAUUUGUAACAAUGAGUGUGGGUGUUUUGUAAAUGUGUUUACAGUUUAAGGAGCAUUAUCACUUUUACCAAAGAAAGUUACUACCUUUAUUCAGUGUUAUUUACAGUGCCCUGAUUUUUUAUGUCUUAAAAGUUGUUAGGUAACAAUAUCGUCACUUGAGAAGAAAAUGUGUUAAUAUGAAAUAGAAAACCAUGGGUUAUCCCCCCUCCCCCCCACCCCCCAAAAGCAUUUUAUUAAUGGGUUUUGAUGUCAUCCUGAUCACUGACAAGUUAGUGUAACUUUGAUUUGGUUCUGCUAUACGAGGACAACCGUUGCUUGGCACAAACUAUAAUCUUGGUCUUUCUGCUUCUUGUUUGCAUGACACGGGGAACGAAAGGAUGUUCCUCUCACUUUUAUUCACACUUUUGUUUGCCUGAAGCCGAGGGUGUCACUGUUAGAAGAAGCCAGCCGUUCAGCCCUUCAUGGUGACAGUUUGUUGUGUCCACCAUGACCCUUCUGCUGGCCUCCCCCUGACUCCGCUACCGUUUCUAUUUUGGUUCUCACCCAUUGGCUAUUGGUCCACACGGUAAAGUCGGCUUAAGCCCAAUGUGCGCUUGGCUCACAAUACGCUGCGAUGGGAAAUAAGAUGUGACUGCCUAUCAUGGGAACAUCCAAUAAGCUAUGAGUCUUAAGAUGGCAAAAUCCAUUAUGAGGAAACUUCCUUAUUCAGCUUUUUAGCGCCUUUAAGGUCUCUAACGUGAACUUAGAGGUCUUUGCAAGUGAUUAAGAUGUAUGAGGAGAAAGGAAACCAGAUUUGUAGCUAUUGCUGCUUGCUAGUGCUAAUGUGUAGAUACUAUUAUCCCGGUCUAUGGGGGCUGAGGCCGUGGCAGGUCAUAUGCGUCUAUGGUGAGAGUUGGCAAGGUUACACACCCCAGACUAAUCUUAAAUCUCAUGUAAGGAUAAAAACGAGACAAAAUGACAGUAAACCGUACAUUCAACCCUUGUUAUUCUUUAGAAAGGAAGAAACAUUUUAAAUGAAGCACUUUAAUGAACUACAAUACAGUAUUCUGUUUUCGAUGUACUUUGUAAAUUGAUUGUGUUUUGGAUUCAAGUGUAUAACGGCAAAUUGUCAUAGAGCUAAGGUUAUAGCAAUUGUUUCAAAUACCUCUCAUAGAAUAAAAAGUUGGUUUUCUUUAUUUAUAUCAUACUAAAAUAUAUAUAUAUAUACAUUCAUUGUUCAUAAAUAUGAUUUUGCUUCUGAUAUGUGGAGAAUGUUUGCAAGAGACCAUUGCUUGUUUUAUAGUCGAUUGUUAUUCAGGCAAGUUAAUAAUGUACAUGUACAUUUGGAAUCAAACAAAAUGGUGUUUGCUGUUUGUGUAUUGAAAAUAACACAAUAAAUAUACAAAUUUGA